AUGAAGAAUAUCUUCAGGUAUGGAUGUAAUUGUCUACCAAACAAGCAAUUACACAUCGAUAUAUUCAAUCGAUGGCAAACCAGUUCUGGAAAACAUCCUUUUGUAGGAAGUGUAUUCAUUAACAAUGGGGAACUACUCGUUCAUGAAAGUGGUCAUCCGUUUAUUCAUGAAGUUUCCAAUAGAAUUGAAAUACUCACAAAAAUAAAUACAAACAUCAAGAUAAGCGUAGUCUGGAAGGAAAUGCUUUAUUAUCAAGGAAUGCUUUGUAUCAGUGGAACUACAUCAGGAGGCAAUGUUUUGUAUGUCGAUGGACAUCUGUUUGAUACAAAGGAUUUGGUUCAGUCGUUUUUGGUAUACAGAGACUGCUUUAUUGGAGUUAGUGAGAAUUUUGUUUACUUCUUACCUAAUGACAAGGAUUCUACAAUGAAAUUAUUGAGUAGUGAAGAGAGAUUAUUGAAUAAUGCACUCAGCGGAAGCUUCACACCACACACAUGUAGAAAUUUUGGAUUUACUGAUAUCACAAACAUUAAGAAGCAAAGAACACAUGUAGGACACUUUCUAGCAUUCCUUGUUUAUUGUGGAUUCAAGAUUGAAUGCAGCAAGCUGAUAUGCAACAGUCUUAAUAAGCUGCAAACUAUUGAAAGUUCUGGAAGCCAUGAUCAAGAUAGUGCACAUAAAACGCUCAGAAUGAUAAAGAUUCUGAACGAGAUAGGAAGAUUUGGUUAUAAAGCAUAUAAAGUGUUUGUAGGAAAGUGUAUUGAUACUGAGAGGAUAUACACUAAGGUUACAGAAACAAUAGAUCCUGAAGAUGUCACUGAAGAUAUGCUAAUUGAGAUGUUAGAGUUAUCAUUUAGAAAUAUUGAUUUUCUUGAAAGUCCAAGGUACUUCUUGAUAAAAGGAAAAAAACAGAUGGAGCAAGGAGUGGACUUCAUGAAUGCAUUUUAUAAAUGUAAUGGAAUGUUUGACGACGUGUUGAAUGUUCUAGAGCAAAACGGACGAGCAGUAGAAAUAGUAAUGUUGUGGAAGAAGACAAGAAAUUGCCGUGAAGAAUCUCUCGAGCUGUUAUUCAAAUAUAAGCUUGUUAAUUUUGUAUCUUGCGAAUAUGAAGAUGAAAUAAUCAGUGGUGCCGAUGUUUUAGGGUGCCUGUGUGAAAUUUGGGACAAAAGCAAUAGAAGGGUGGAGAAUGCUAGUUCGAUUGUAAGCUUUAUAGACGGGAGAUAUGAUCUUUUGCAUGGAUAUUUGCUUCCCUGUGGAUUAAGGAUUCUUAUAAGUCCGAUGCUUGUUCAGAUUUUUUUUGAGCAGCAAAUGCAUUUUGAACAGGUUGCUUCAUUUCUAUUAUAUAAUGAGAUGAAGAUUGAAGCAGCAAUGCUGUAUUAUUGCAAAUUUUGCAAAACAGGAGAAACAGAAUUUGCUAAUGGGUUUCUGAGGAAUAUUGAUGAGAAGGUUUUUGUGUAUGAAGGUAAAUUUGUUGGAAAGGAAACUUUUGACAAGCCAUGCAUUCAGAAUAACGAGGACUACAGAAAUAGGAUAUUAGAAAAUAUUGAUAUUGCUACAAAAAUGGAUGAUGGAUGUUUAUGGACCGAUUGCUUGAAGGCAGAGCAAUAUCCAAGUGAAUAUGAAGAGUAUAUGAAGAUUCUGAAUCAAAAGGGAAUAAAAUAG